GGCGGAUAAAGGAGGUCGGACGUCGGGACCGGGCAUAAAACCGGUCCCAAUGAAGCUGUUCGCGACAUGGGAGGUCGAGAAAACUGCCCCAAAUUGUAUACCAAGAUUGUGUUCACUGACCCUCACACGCCUCGUGGUGCUAAAACCUCUGGAAAAUGAGCCAAGUGCAGUUAUAAUUGCCGUCAAAAUGCAGAGUUCAAAGAGAGUUCUGCGAUCGAACGAAAUUAUUAUUCCCAGUGGGUCAGAUCACCUUGACACAGAACUAGACCUUUCAUUUUCUUUGCAGUAUCCCCAUUUUAUCAAGAGAGACGGCAAUAAACUACAAAUUAUGGUGCAGAGACGGAAGAAAUACAAAAAUCGUACAAUUCUUGGCUAUAAAACAUUAGCCAUUGGGCAGAUAAAUAUGUCACAGGUAUUACAGCAUUCAGUAGAUCGAGUCCUAAGUCUCUAUAGCGACCUGAAAGAACGCACCAAUGUUGUUGCCCAAGUAACCAUGCUUGCAUUGUCUAGUCAGCCCGUCGAUCAUGUUGAAAAUGGGCGCCAUAAACUCCCCUCUGUGGGUGCAGAUCGUUCCCCCGAUAUAGAGAAUGACAGUGAAGAUGAAGCAGUCGAAGACCCUGAUGUUUAUGUGGAGUAUUCGUCCAAUGAUGACCUCAGCGAUAGCCCUGCAGAUGAGGAGACCAGAACCCGAAUAAGGAAGGGUCAACGGUCACUUCCUUUUGGAAGAUCGGGGAGGGGCAAUUUAAAGCAGAAAUUCAUAGCAUUACUAAGAAGAUUCAGAGAAGCACCUGAAGAGAUCAUAGAUUCAGAACAGGACCAAGACCUUGCGGAAGAAGCCAGUCAACAAGACAUAGAUCAACUUCUCAACGAGUUAGAAGAUAUGAGUGAUUCGGGUCCCGAACAGGAAGACAAUGUCAGUAUCCUAUCAACUCCCAAGCCAAGUUUACGGCCAUUUUUUCAAGGCCGCGCUAUCUCCCAUGUGGAUAUUCUUGACCUGCCUACUCGGGUAUGUAGCGUUGAGGAGUCUACAGGGAACAGUGAUGAUAGCUCCAGAAGAAAUGAUUCCGAUACAUAUAUGGACAAUUUAACUGACCAAGAACAAUCCUCUGACCCCCCUCAGCAUACCACCCCACCCCAGACAGCAGACCCUGUCCAAGAUAAACCUAAGUCACCCCCUCUGAAACCCAAGACAAAGACCUCCUUCAGUGGGAGAGAAAAGAAACGAAAGGACAACCUCAAGCCGAAAAUGGAACGUCAAAAUAGUUCAGAUAGAGUAGAAAUGCCUCGUAAGGUUCUUCUAGACCACCUAUCAACAGUAUUAGCCCCUUAUGAAUAUCUACCAGAUACGGUCAUACUAGUCAACAGUAAUGAGUUACAUGGACAGUUACUGAGCCAGAAACUCGAGGAAAAACAGCACAAGAUUAUAUGCACCUGCUCAGAUGCUGAUGUCAAGGCAACCGUUAACACUAUAGUCACCAGAAUACAAAAAUUUUGCAACAGUAAUUCACAAGCGCCCCCUAUGGUUCGAAUAGGCAUUAUAGGUGGCGACGGCUACAUUAGUUCAGUAUUGAAGCCUUAUGUUGAACAGUUUUCCGCUAAAUCCCCCGACUGGCAAAGCUACAUUAGGUUCUUAGUCAUUCCCCUAGGCAAUAGUUCAAUAGGGAAGUACCUUGGAGGUGUCGAUUCGGCGUACCAGUCGAUGUUUCUCGACCCAUUUUGGCGAGACAUCUUCGAAAAUCAAGAAAGUCAAAAACCAGACAUGACAGAUAUAGUGAAUCGAGUUACUCGUUACGUAAAUGGUGCCUCAAAUCUAGUGCAGCUCCCUCUAGCGGAGGCCAUGAUAACUUACAAGAACAAAAGCACUGAUGAAGAGUCUUCCCAAGUCUUUUUACCAUUUAUCAAUGAUGUGCGGGUUGGUCUAACAGAUGCCUCAAUAAUACAAUCAGAAUACGAUGAUGUUUUGCCUCAAAGUCCAUCAUUGAACACAGGUUUAUCCAGUUCCCCACCGAGCAAUUCUCCUAGUCAGCCCGUGGUUGAGAAAUCACGGGACAAUCAAAAUAGACCCGUGACGAGUAUUGAGAAAUCACGGGACAAUCAAACACCUCCUAAUUCACCCAGUAUUAGCCAGAGUAGCUCAGCACCAGUCGGCCCAAGUUCCAGCAACACAUCCCAAGAGUUGCGUCUUGGACCAGAACUAUUUAUGGAUCUCCAACUUGACUAUUGGCUUGCCAUAGUCACCAAAGAUGUUAACGAAAAAGAUAAAGUCAAACGAGAAACUACAAAAUGCUCAAUGAAAGCCGCUUUUAGGUCAUUGUUAGUGACGCGUCUAGGCCAAACAGGAGAUAACACACUCACAAUGCAAGUGGUCACAAAAGAAAAGAAACAAAAAAGUUUGGACUCUAUAACCAAAGUUAUGAGAAUAGGAAAGAAAUCUAAAGAGACGGAGUCAAAGUGCCAAUCAGUAGAUGGAAUCAACAGAUUGAUAUGUACCUCUAAGAGUCAGAGUAACCCCAUGACAGUUAUGAUAGACGGAAAUGAAUGGACAGGUGUCAAGUUUUUCCAGUUAUCGUCUCAAUGGCAGACUCACAUAAAAUACUUUCCUGUAUCAGUAUUUGGUCACAUAGAUACACCAAUGUGACAUAUUGAGACUUCAAUGUGACAGGUGAGAUGCGACAAGUGGAUACAUCAGUUGUGACACUGAGUCAUCACUGUGACAGUUGGAAACAUCAAUGUGACAUGCAGAGACAUUGAUAUGACGCGCAUAUGUCAAUGUGACACAUAGAGAUAUCAAUGUGACAAGGAAAUGCUAAUGUUGCCUUGUCGUCAAAUAACAGCGGAUCACUGGAGUUCCAACUUACUUUCUCAGAUGCCCAAAAGAUGGCAGUACUCAUGAGAAAUUAUGGGAUAGCUCCAAUGAAUUAUGGGAUAUUUCCCAAAGCAUUAUGGAAUAGCUUUUUAGAAUCUUUGAGUUUAAGAGAAAAAUGGAGUGAGCGAGUUGGAUGAUAUGGGAUGGGGUUUUGAGAGACGCUUUUGAUAGGUCUGAAAACAAAAAUGUUGUCUCUGAGAAAGCUUAAAUUUGAGAACAUAAAGAGCUCAUUAAGAACAAUGAAAAGCUCAUUGAGAACUAGAACAUAGCUCAUUGAAGUUCUUUGCCGAAAUGAGAGAGCUUAUUGAUAAAGAAGAAACAGACUUCUGAUGAUGUAUAAAACUUUGUCAGUGUAUGUUGAAUGCCAAAAGGUGUCAUGUAAUGUUGAAUAGAGUAACUAUUGUGUAAUAUUGUGUAGAGAAUCUUAACAGAAUCUUUCCCACAAAGUAUCUGGCUGGUUUUAGAUAUAUAUUUUCAGUUGCAUUUACGAGAAGCAGUCGUACACAUUGAAUGUUUUACAAGUGUAAUAUUUGUUUUUUAUCUGAUAUGUAUGGAUUAUGGAUUAAUUUUUCAGCUCACAUCAAUUCGCAAUAUUAACUUAUCUAACGUGGAAUAUUUUUUCUAUAUAAUAGAAGUAUGAUUUUAAAGAUGAUUAUUUAAAAAGAUUACGCUUUA